AUGCAGGUGGCAUCCAACCAGGUGCCAUUGCCUGCCGCACCACCGCCCUCCAUCGGAGCGGCGGCGUGCAAGAAGGACUAUGCAGUCGGUACCUCCAUCCCCGCCAACAUGGACCACGCCGUCUCGGUCUCGCUCCCGCUGUGGAGCGACAACAUCGACUACGAGGAAGGUCGGCUCUCCAAAUCGAUGGAGACAGGCUACCCUCGCUUCUUCAUCCAUCGCUCCAUUCAGCGUCUCGCCAGCCUCCUCUGCAAGAAGUUCGCCAAACCCAGCGAGGCUUGCAUCCUCUUCCUCUCUGCGAGAAUCGCCGAGCGAUGUCGCGACUUUAUGCGUGCUCAGUCUACGAGCAGCGCGCCGCUGCCCAUCCGCAUUGUGCGAUUCUCGAUGCUUGAGCACUCCGCUCCGAAUCCUACUGGAAAUGGUCAGGCGACUUCCAGCUCGAGCACCGCCGAGCAUGUCUCGGAUCAGCUGGAUGGCGCACACUUUCAAGGUUCAAGCACCACCGCGCACUACAUCUUCAUCGUCUUCUUCCCCGAAGACGUUUUUCCGCUUGCAAAGAGCUUCUGGCAGCACACUGGUGAUGGCAUCUCGAGCCGUCAGGCCGACCGCUGCCUAUCGCUUCUCGAGCAGUCCAAGAGCGCUGAUACAGAAGCUGUGACUGGCGAGGCAGCGGCCAACGAGUCCGCCUCCGCUGGCGCAGUUGGCAACGACGACAUCUACAAAAAGCCCGCCUCUUCCGCUUCCGCCGGUAAACGCUUCUACAAUCGCUACGCGCGCACCAACAGCACCGGUUCCGCUCUCAUCCCCGCCACGCCCUCCCCCACCUCGAGCGUGCCUCAAACGCCUUCCAGCAGCGGCAUCCUUCAGCGACCUACCACCACCACCGACGAUGCCCUGUCAGCUAGCGUCUCGAGUCUGUCCGGCGUGACCUCCGCCACCACUCUCACCUCCGAGCCCGGUACCUCUGACCUGGUCACCUACGUCGAAGAGCGGUACGGCCGCAACCUUCCACUCACCUCUGCGCCCUCUGCCAAGCUCGCCCUCCGCCGCCGCAUCGCUGGCACUCUCCUCUCGGACCGCUCGGAGCAGUCUGUCCUCGAAACUCCCGCUGACGCCGUCGGCGAGACGGGUCGGCACGGCACCGGCGUAACAGAACACGACGUCUACCUGUUCCCCUCGGGGAUGAGCGCCAUCUUCCACGCGCAUCAGCUUGCACUGCGUGCCGCAUCGAGGCUUGGAGAGGAUAGACAGGUGGGCAAAAGCGUCUGCUUCGGCUUUCCCUACACCGACACGCUCAAGAUCCUUCAAAAGUUCGGGCCGGGCUGUCACUUCUUUGGGCUUGGCGUCGAUGCCGAUCUGGACCGACUCGAAGACCUGCUCAAGACGGAGCGCAUUUUGGCCCUCUUCUGCGAAUUCCCCUCGAAUCCGCUGUUGCGUUCGCCGAAUCUGGUCCGGAUCCGGCAGUUGGCGGAUAGGUAUGGGUUUCUGGUAUGCGUCGACGAAACGAUUGGCAACUUUGUCAAUGUCGAAGUGCUACCGUUUGCGGAUGUGCUCGUGUCCUCGCUGACCAAGGUGUUUAGUGGCGAUGCGAAUGUUAUGGGUGGAAGCAUGGUGGUCAACCCCAAAGGCCCCCAUUACACCGUUCUCAAGGAGGAGCUGGAGGAGGAGUACGAGGACACGUACUUUGCCGAAGAUGCGAUUUUCAUGGAACGCAACUCGCGCGAUUUCAUCCGUCGCAUCGUUCGCAUCGAUGCCAACACGAGAGCGAUCACCUCGAUGUUGUGGUCCCACCGCGGACGGGGUGGGAUGAAAGAGUUGUUUUAUCCGAAGUUUCAGACGAGGGAGAACUACGAUGUGUGUCGAAGGAAGAAGGCUUUCACUCCGCUGGGGAAUAUGGGUGAUGGGGAGGGUGGGUAUGGUGGGUUGUUUUCCGUGACGUUUGAAAGCGAGGCUGCGAGCAAGGCGUUUUACGAUACGUUGGAGUGCGCAAAGGGCCCAAGUCUGGGGACCAACUUGACGUUGGCCAGUCCGUAUACGAUCCUGGCGCACUAUGGCGAGCUCGAUUGGGCUGCGCAGUUCGGCGUCGAGCGCGGUCUGGUUAGGGUCAGCGUGGGGUUGGAGGACGAGGAGUUUUUGGUGAGGAUGUUUGGCAAGAGUUUGGAGGCUGCCGCUCGUGCACAUGCCGCUGUCACAAAGGCCUAG